AUGUUUCCUCCGUCCUGCAGCUCUGGGCGCCCCCGCAGAGCAGCGGAAACCCAGGGAAUGCAGCAGCCGCAGGGCGCUUGCGGCGGGAAUCUUUCGUUUCGGAGUUCCGAAGUGCAAAUUAAAAUGCUGGAGCUCGCGAACGAAGUGGCCAGCGACGUGGCUGCUGCGCACGCGAAAGUUCUUGAACUGGAAUGCCGCGCGCAGCUGGACGAAAAGCUUUCUCAAGUCUGCCGGCUGGCCGAGGGGGUGUUUUCGUUUUCUGCGGGGCUUGAGAAGACGCAGAAGCUGCAGCAGCAGCUGACGCAGACCACGGCCGCCGCGGACCGCCUCAGCGCCAAGACGCUGCUGCUGCAGGAACAGACGCUGCUGCUGCAGCAGCAGGCCCUCGAGAUGCAGCGCGAGUACGAGGCGCUGCAGAGCAGCACAAUUCGGGAGCUUUGCCGGCAGCAGGAGCUUCGGGAGCGUCUCAAGGCAGCUCGCGUGAGAUCGAAGCCGCCUCCGCUCGUUCAAAAACCGCCAACCGCAGCAGCAGCUGCAGCAGCACAAGCAGCGGCAGCAGCAGGGGGAGCGCACUGUCAGAGCAGGGGGCCCCACCCGGACCUUCUCCAGGGGCCCCCCGCGGGCGACGGGGGCCUCGCAGCGGCUCUGCAGUCAAGCGCCACACGCAGCCAAUCCCCAGCAGCAGCAGCAGCUGCUGCUGCUGCUGCUGCGCCAGCAGCAUGCGACAAGGAGAAGCAGAAAGGGAGCGCUCCCCCGCUAACUGUGUACCUGCAGCAGAAGCCUCACUUCGGAAUGCUUCUGGUACGUUUCGCAAGCAGCGCCACCGAACUCGUUCCUCCUCUAACUUGGAGGCGGGGUUCGGCGGCCUGGGAAGCGGGCGAUGACUUUUGCUGCGACGGCGCCCUCCGUAAGGCCGCAGACAUGCAGCAGCUGUUUUCUAAGUGCAGCAACCUCUCCCAGGGUUUCCGCAAGAUCCGCAACACGAAUCGAGCUUGUCAGCAGCAGCAGCAGCAGCAGCAGCAGCAGCAGCAGCGUUCCUGA